AUGACGUCGACGCCCAAGAAGCGUAAGCAUCGUCUCGACGCCUCUACGGAUCUGCUCUUUGCCGAGAUCCGCGAUCUCAACUUUGCCGUCGUGGGAGACCGUCUGCAUCGUGCGGCGAAACGUCUCAACCAGGACUACGAGGGUCGACACCAAGCCAAGACGGUCUCGCAGAUCCGUGCGUUUGUCGGCAAGCUCGGCGGGCUCCAGUCGGAGCACGCGUCUCUGAGGCUGCACACCGGCUUGACGGAGAAGAUCAUGGAGUGGACCGCGAGGGAGGAGUUCAAUCGUAUGCUCGAGGUGCAGCAGAAUUCGGUGGCGGGGCUCGAUCUGCCGGCGCAGUACCAGGCGAUCGAGGAUAUGGUCAACGAGGAGCGUGAUCUGGUGGGUGUGCUCAGGCUUUUGUGUCUGACCAGCGUCGUGGGGUUGGGCAGCACCGCGGGUGGGAUCAAGGCCAAGAACCUCGAGUUUGUCAAGCGCGAGAUCUUGCAGACGUACGGAUACCAGCACCUGCCUCUGUUGUUGGCAUUGCAAAAGGUUGGGUUGCUGACCCGGGCCAGUGCAACACCUGCGACGAGCAGCACGGGGGGAUUCGGCGGUGCACUAUCCAGUGUCGUCGGAGGCGGGUCUUCCAGCGCCAACGCAGGUCUGGACGCAGACAGCCGUGGCAAUGCCGAAGAAGGAGGUAGGGGCGGUUUCGCCUCGGUGCGCAGGAGUCUGCGUCUCAUCAAUGACGAUGUGGACGAACGUGCACCGGCGGACAUCUCGUACGUGUAUUCCGGGUAUGCGCCGUUGUCGGUUCGACUGGUGCAGGCGGUUGCGCAAAAGGAAGCGUUGCUGGACGUAUCGCGAUCCGAUCCCACCUUGCGAAGGACUGUCAAACCGCGCGCACACCCUAUCGUCGGCUGGCGCGGUUUCGAGGACACGAUCAACCAGCUACCCGGAGCCACCUUCGACGAGGUCCAAUCCGCCUCCUCGAUCAGCAACGCGGAUGCCCAGAGCACUUCCUUGUCGCCUCCCACGGAUCCGGAUGCCAUCACCACAACGUUGGUUUUCUUCCUGGGGGGUGUCACGUACACGGAGCUGGCAGCGUUGAGGUUCAUGAACAAGCAGACGAGGAAUCGGAGGUUUGUGGUGGCUACGACGAACACGAUCAGUGGGAACAAGAUGAUGCGGGAUUUGGCGGAGGACGGGCUUUGA